AUGAUAGCACAAACGCAAAUAAUCUAUAUGAAAAAAUGGGGGGAAAAAAAAAUCACAAUAAGAUGGUUAAUCAUCUCCCCCUCUGUUGCCAGGUCUCCAGAAGUCCUGUUGGCUGCACCAUUCACAGAAGCCAUAGACAUCUGGUCAGUGGGCUGCAUCGCUGCAUUUUUAUACACAGGCGCACUUCUCUACCCUGGAAAAAGUGAAUACGACAUGCUCAGGUACAUAGUGGAGACUCAAGGUCAGCCUCCAGAUAAUGUUCUCGAAGCUGGACUGCAGACCAACCGCUUCUUCCAGAUGGAGCGCAAUUUCAGCUGGAAGCUCAAGACACCAGAACAAUACCAGAAAGAGACCACAUCAGUACCCAAAGAGACCAGACGAUUUAAAUUCCGCUCUCUUGAUCGCCUUCUUCAUUUCCAGCCAGGAAUCUUGAACACCAGGCACAUUGCCAAUAAAGCGGCCAAGACAUCCGACGUGCAGAAGUUUGUGGAGCUGCUGAAGGGAACGCUGCACCUUGACGCCACGCAGCGGAUGACGCCUUGCCAGGUUCUGGAGCACGACUUUAGCACCAUGAGCCACCUGGAGCCGCUUCACGACAGCAGCUCCCACGUGCAGUCAUGCUUUCACAUGAUGUCCACGUGCUCCAACAAGACCACGCUACAGUCGCUCUGCAGGAAAGGAUUCGACCCGUUGGCUCUAAGCGAGCCGCACGAUGACGAGCCAUGCUGCAGCCCCACGUCACCGGAAGUGUACGAAAUCAUGGCCCAAGAUGAACGAUCGGACCCAAGUUGACAUACGGGGUCUGGGAUAGACACAUCGUCCGCUUGAUGAGAUGGAGGAACGUUGUGCUUUCUCUUUAUCCCUACAAACUCAACCCAGUGAACAAUGUUGGGCCUUCGCUAACCUGUACAGUGUUUACACUUGACAGUCAUGGCGGCCAUCAACUCUAAGUAUCGCGCUCCACUGAUUGAGCGAGCCCGGGCAUCAUUUCCUGAAACUGAUGAUAAAAUGCUCAACGUUCCUUACAUGCCAAAGACUUUGUCUGAGCACUGGAUGAAGAGAUCACAUGUGCUGAAACCUGUACAUAAAUCUAACUUGUCCAUCUUUUUCUACUUCAUGGUUUGUGAAUGAUGUCAGAACAAGACAGCCAUUGUCGUUAUAGUUCUCGGAGCGUGUACGGUUAUAUUGACGCACUAAUGAUUGGUGAAAAUAAUUCUCGUAUAAUUGUUUACUGUUAUACUUUGUCAAACAAAAUGAGUACUUGGGAAGACGGCAUCUUAACGCAGUGCAUGUCUCAGACGGUUUAUCACGGCUAAUACAAAGUAAACGUUAGGCGCCCUCUAGCCCGUCAGUAAGUGCACUCUGCCCAUCUGAUAGCUAAUAACGGAGCCAUUAAAUGGACCGAUAACGUUCGCAGCUGUGUCCUUGUCUGCAUUGUGCCUCACCUCGCCAUCUUUCCCGCCUCACCUCAGCCACCCAUCCCCGCCGCCUAGCCCUUUAAUCCCCCAAUAAAAACCUUAUUUGGCGUCUGCCCUCGGCUCUAGGAAACGGAACAAUCCCCCAAACAGGUUUCUUGAUGAAUGUAGUGUUUCAUCACUUUGGUGCCCAUGCUCCUGAUUUGUGUGCGAGGGGACGUGCCGGUGUCGGCGCACCGGGGGCUUAACAGAUGACUAGUCCAUGCCUGGGAGCUGCUUAGUGCACGGCGCACAUGGGACGAGCUGGCUGCGUUGCAAUGCGACAGCU